AUGAAUUUCCACCUCCAAACCCACCCCCUCCACCGCCCGCCCCUACAGCCUCCCAUCCCGGAAUGGCAACUCGACCGCGCGACGCUGGUCAGCAGCCCCUCGCUGCCGCCGGCCCAGGGCCUGCGGCUGCAGCACCUGCGGCGGCUGUUCCGCGACGCGCCGGGCCGCCUGGCCUCCGUGCGCGCCGCGCAGGAGGCCGCCGCCCGCGCCGGCGACCGCCUCAUGCUGGAGGAGGAGGCCGAGUGGUGGCGGCGCCGGGCGAAGAAGAGGGCGGCCUCCUCGGCAGUUGAUUACUCUCAUUCUGGUCUGGCGAGGUCGACGACUGUGGAGGGGAGGGUUGCGCAGAAGAUCGCUGUUCUCGGCAACAGUAGCAGCAGCAGCAGCAGCAAGACGCUGGUAAGCGCCGCCGCCGCGUUGGUGGGGGUGAAGCGGAAGAGGGAUGGCGGCGGAGGAGGAGGAGGAGGAGAGGGCCGCGACGACGACGAGACAGCGACGGCGGCAGCCGAGCACCGGCGGCAGGCACUGGCGCACCACCUCGCGCGGUGGCGCAGGCUGGAGCUGGCCAAGCAGGAGAUCCGGACGUUCGAGCGGUGCGGGCGGGGCUGGUGGCGGCGGGAGGUGCAGCGGCUGCGGCGGUGGAUCAAGGAGCGCGGGGCGUACCGCAGCCGGCGGCAGGCGGAGCCGAGGCUGGGGACCGCGCUGUGGGCGCGGCUGUGCGGGCUGCGCGAGGCGGAGGAGUUCGACGCGCACCGCUGGGGGGAGGCGCUGCGGUUGAGGACGGUGAGGGGGGAGAUGGCGCGGGAUGAGUGGCCCACGGAGGAGUGCUUUAGGGUGUAUAAGUGGCGGCGGUACGGGCGGCUGGGCGAGGUGCCGCCGGCGGUGGGGUUAGGCACGUCGUUUGCGAGCGGGGAGAUGUGGCUGAGAGGGCCGUCGCCUCUUGGAAGGGGAUGA